AGAUUGACCAAACCUCCUUCACCCACCCACUCCCCCAAUAUAAAUACCAUGUACAUUUCUUUCAUUUCUCAGCUUGGAUGUUCCCUUAGAACUGCAAGCUUCAACUAAAUUUCUCUCUUUUUAUAUUUUUCUUUUUUUCUCAAUUAAGCCCCUAAUUUUAUAGAGUAAUUGCAAUUUGCACCCUAGAAAAAUGCAAUCGCUUACUCCAUCAUCGUCGGGGAUAAAUCUCAAAUCCUUAAUCCAGACGAAGAUACGGUCGAACCGGGUUAACUCGAUUCGACCAGUUAUCACAUGCGUUUACCGGUUUGACGCGGCCAACGCCGCCGUCAACACCGGUACCGCGAAUACCAACUCUGCCGGACACGCCGGCGGUUCUAGAGCCGACUGGCAGAGUUCCUGUGCGAUUUUAGCAAGUAAAGUUGUGUCGCAGCAGCAGAACGCUGAGAAGAGUGGCGGUGCUGGUAACAUCACCGCCGUGAACGGCCAUAAGGCGGCGAUAGAUCUCGAUCUAGUUCCAAUCGAUAACCAACCUAAGCCGCUCACCAUUACUGACCUCUCCCCAGCGCCGAUGCACGGUGCUCAGCUUCGCGUCGCUUACCAAGGCGUACCUGGAGCGUACAGCGAAGCUGCCGCCGGUAAAGCUUAUCCGAAAUGUGAAGCCAUACCUUGUGAUCAAUUCGAGGUUGCAUUCCAAGCCGUUGAACUCUGGAUCGCUGACCGUGCAGUUCUCCCCGUUGAAAACUCUCUCGGAGGAUCUAUUCACAGAAACUACGACCUCCUCCUUCGUCACCGUCUCCACAUCGUCGGAGAAGUUCAACUACCGGUCCACCACUGCCUCUUAGCACUUCCAGGCGUUCGAAAAGAGUAUCUCAACAGAGUCAUAAGCCAUCCACAAGCCUUAGCACAAUGCGAGCUCACAUUAACAAAACUCGGUUUAAACGUAACUCGUGAAGCUGUUGACGAUACCGCCGGCGCUGCUGAAUACAUAGCUUCCCACAACCUCCGUGACACAGCUGCAAUCGCCUCAGCACGCGCUGCCGAUCUAUACGGUCUCCAGAUCUUAGCUGAAGGAAUCCAGGACGAUUCAAGCAACGUAACUCGUUUCGUUAUGCUAGCUCGUGAACCAAUAAUUCCUCGAACCGAUCGUCCAUUCAAAACAAGCAUCGUCUUCGCACAUGAUAAAGGAACAAGCGUUCUGUUCAAAGUUUUAUCAGCUUUCGCAUUCAGAAACAUCAGUUUAACGAAAAUCGAGUCACGGCCUCACCGGAAUCGUCCGAUCCGGCUAGUCGACGACGCUAACGUCGGAACGGCGAAGCAUUUCGAGUACAUGUUCUAUGUAGAUUUCGAAGCUUCCAUGGCGGAUGUUAGAGCUCAAAAUGCAUUGGCUGAAGUUCAGGAGUUCACGUCGUUUUUGAGGGUUUUGGGAAGUUAUCCAAUGGAUAUGACUCCAUGGUGUCCUUCUCGUGAAGAUUAACAACCACCCCCACCUCAUGAAAAAAAAAAUUAAAUUACAUUUAAUAUGUUUUAUUUUAGGAUUUAUAUCAUAGUUUAAAUUUAAAUUACAUUUCAUAAUCUUUGGUGAAUGUGUAAUUGUUUAUACUCAAUUUUUUUUACCCAUAUGUGAUGAAUUUAUUUAUUUUCUAGUUUAAUAGUUAA